AUGGCUCCUCCAUGGCUACCGCAGAACAUACAAAAAAAGGUAUUCCAAUAUAUUUUAAGCCGUCUUCAAAUAUUUUCCAAUAUAAACCACGAUAAUAUUGAUGUUUCUUUUGAAGUAACUCAGACGCCGUUGUCUUUGUCACUAAAAGAUGUUGAACUCGACACUGAGAAGCUAUCAGUUUUAUCAGGAUUGUAUGUGCGCCAUGGAAAAAUUAGUAGCCUUGAUCUUAAGCUUGCAGUUUUAGGAGGAAUUCGAAUUGAUGGAUCUGGAAUCAAAUUAAUAGCAUCGCUAUCAGAAAAAAUAUUAAAUGAUAAAGAAGAAAUAACAUCUCUUCUAGCACGAACUACAGCUGAUUUAGCUAGCAGCAUUUUAAUAUCUAAUGACGAUGGAAAAAAUCUUACAGAUUCGAUAACUUCCUCUCACAUUGGCGAUUCUGGAUCUUUUUUUUCAGAAUCAACAUUUUCCGAGAAUAGUUUUAGUACUGGAUACGGAUUAGGAGAUUUUUCAGGAUUUUAUACUAAAGUUGCUGAUGCCGCUAUCUCUCAACUGAAUGUCGUUUUAAGAGAUAUUAAUGUCAGACUUAUAUUAGAAGAUGUGACACUUGAUAUUGUUAUAAACACUUUCAAAUUAAGCACAAAUGAAGAUGGAUUACGUCAAGUUUCUAUUUCAGAUUUUGAGUGGAUUCUUAUAUCAUCAAAUGAACAAACAUCCUUUCAAAGAGUUGAAAAUUUAAAUAAGCGGAAGAGUAAAGAUAUUCUUAAAAGUGUUUAUUAUGAAACUAAUAAAAGCGAACAAAAUCUCUCUGAAAUGAAAGUUAGAAUGGGUCAAGACGGAGUUCCACAGAAAAUUCUUUUAUCUGGUAUUGCAUUAGAAUAUCACCCCAAGUUACUCGAUUUAUUUCAGAAGUCGGAAGUAAAUGCAGAUUCAGUAGUUCAUGAACAGGACGACUUAAUGUCAUCUAUAUCAACUGUUAUCAACAAAUCUAUUCAGAUACCUGUGAUUUUAAAUGACUGUAUAAUUGGAUUAUCGCCUUUGCAUUUACCCUCUCACGGUGUAUUUCUGAUUGAAAAAGGAAUAACCAACAUUUCUAUUAAACCUUUUGGAACCAUUUCAGUGAAUUCUAAAAUUCACUUAGGGUCAUUAUAUCUUAUCGAUGAUAUUAGAGCUCAAAGAAAAGUCCCGAAACAACAGGAUGACAAUGUUAAUUCUUCCAAAGGAUUUGAAGCUUAUUCAUCAUCUAUAAGAUUAAAAACCAAACUUGUUUCUCAAGGUUAUUCUCAGUUAUCUAUGGCAAAAAAUGUUUCUAUUGAUGUUGGAUUAAACUUAUCUGGUCCUUCUCGAGUUUCUCUUUCAGUAUUUGUUGAAAGUAUACACAUGAAAUCUUCUGCUGAUUCCACCCAUAAUUUAAUUCAAUUGUUUAAUGAUUUAAAGCCUGAACUGGAACUUCCUCCUUUUGAAGAGCGAUAUCAAAUCAAUCCACACAUCAACAAGGAUAUUUUUAACGAAAUUGAAAAAACCACCUUUUCUGUGGGCCAACAAGAUAUGAACAGUGGAAAUUUUGAUUUAAAUGCAGAUUUCAUCUGUGAUGAUGUCCCUGCUAACCUGGAGUUUGUUGAAAGUUAUUAUGCGGAACAUUCUUCUCGUUCUCAGUGGACAUCUUCUCCAUCUGGGUCUUUAACAACAAACUAUACAAAUACCGAUAUUCUUCUUGAACAAGAUUUAAGCGAACUGGCUUCUCAAAAUAGUACAAUUAACCCAUCAAAAGUUGUUGAGUUUAACAAUCGAGAAAAUCGAAAACUUGGUAGUUUUGAACAAAGAACUCAAUCUCAUGAUCCAACCCUUAACAUCACAGAAGAUCAUUUUGGAAAACCUGGUAUAUUAAGAGAACAUCUGAAAAGUGUUUCUUCUACGCAUUCUGCAGAUUUUCAACCUCAUAUUCAACCUAAGGAGCAUUUUGAGUCUAACAUAAAUAUUUUACCGCAAUCUGAUGAUGCUUCUAGAACUUAUGAUGAUGAAUUCAAAUUUAAUAACCCAAACAUAGCUAUUUCAUUUGAUGUCAAGUCUUUUGUUUGGGAUCUGCAUGAUGGAUUCGAUUGGGAAUACACAAGAGAUAUCAUUACUGUAGCAGUUUACCAGGUUGAAGAAGAAGUAAAGGAAGUAAAGGAAGAAAAAAAAAGACAGAGAUCAAUUGGCAUAGCUAAUAAAAAUAUGCAGAAUUUAGAUUUGAACGCAAAAGGCUCGUUUAAUCAGUUUACCAAUUCGGGAGAGCAGAACACAGAAAUCGACCAAGAUGAAGUUGUUGGCGGGUUCUUAUUUAAUUCCAUAUACAUUGGAAUGUCUACUCAUCAAGAUUCAUCUGAUCUUAGAAGGAGGAUUAACGAGGAAUUGAAUGACGAGGUUUACAGCGAUACAGCUAGCCAAAUGUCGUAUGAUAAAAAGAAUGUCAACUCUAAUGGUCACAAUUUUGACAGCAAAAAAGAAAUUCGUCGAAAAAAUACUAAAACUCCUCUUAUGCUGAAACGCUCCAAACAUCAUAAAGUUCAAAUAAUAUUAAAGGGUAUUUCUGGAACUAUAAAUAUUUUUUCUAGUAUCAAUGAUUCACUUUCGGAAAGCAAUUUAGAAUUAUCUGAGUACGAUGGCGAUAAAGCGAUGAUUCUAAAUCAAAUUAUCUUAAAAAUAAGGGACAUUGAAAUUUUAGACAAUGUGCAAACUUCUACUUGGAACAAGUUUUUGACUUAUAUGAGAAGUGCAGGGGAGCGUGAGGCAGAUGCUAAUAUGGUCAAAUUGCAGAUGGAAAAUGUUAAACCUAUCCCAAAUAUUCCAACUUCGGAAAUAAUAUUACAUGUUCAAGUCUUGCCUUUACGAUUGCACGUUGAUCAAGAUACUUUGGAUUUUAUUACUAGGUUUUUUGAAUUCAAAGAUGAUCGUUUUGAUAAUCUUAUUGACCCUUCUUUGGUGGAACUUCCUUUUAUUCAAAAAGUUGAUGUGCGAGAUAUACCUGUCAAACUUGAUUAUAAACCAAAAAAAGUUGAUUAUGCUGGUUUAAGAUCAGGUCAUACUACAGAAUUCAUGAACUUCUUUAUUCUUGAUGAGGCAGAAAUGGUACUUCGCCACACUACACUUUAUGGGAUUACCGGAUUUCCUCGAAUGGGUAAAGAAUUAAACAACAUUUGGAUGCCUGACAUAAAAAAAAACCAACUUGGAGAUGUUCUUUCAGGUUUAGCACCCGUAAGAUCGUUAGUUAAAAUUGGCAGUGGAAUUCGAGACUUAGUUAUCGUACCAGUUCGCGAAUAUAAGAAAGACGGACGAGUAGUCAGAAGUAUUCAGAAGAGUGCUUGGCAAUUUGCACGCAAUACUUCUAGUGAAAUUGUGAAAUUUGGUGCCAAAAUUGCAGUGGGUACUCAAACCAUGUUGGAAAAUGCUGAGAAGGCGAUGGGUGGAUCAGGAUCUGCUGGAAGACUUAAUCCCCAGUUUUCAGGUAUCAACUCGGCUGACAGUGUUGAAUAUAAUAUAGAAGAUUCUAAAGACCCUGAUUACAAUUUUCAGGCAGCUACUUCUAAUCAGUCGGUUCGUUUUGUUUCGACAUCACUGUCUAACCCGCCUGUUUUGAAAUCUGAGCAAAAUAUCGAUGCUCAUCGAAAGGCACCUGUGAUUAGUUUAUAUGCUGAUCAACCGCGAGAUGUAAAACAGGGGCUACAAUCUGCGUUCAAUAGUCUAGGGAGAAAUUUGUCAAUUGCUAAAAAUGCUGUUGUUGAAAUCAAAACAGAGGCAGUUCGUUCAGGGAGUGCACAAGGUGCUGCAAUUGCUGUUGUAAAAGCUGCGCCUAUUGCUAUAAUUCGACCCAUGAUCGGUGCAACUGAAGCUGUCAGUCGAACCUUAUUAGGUGUAACUAAUCAAAUGGAUCCAGAUCAGUUGCGUGAUAUUGAAGAAAAAUACAGAAGUCAAACAUUUUCUGAUUCUACAGAUAAAAUGUAA